AUGCUGUGUGAUAUUUUACGAAAAGAUGACUCAGUUAGAGACACCAUCAUGCUGUUCUCGUUUCUGUGCCUCCUUGCAGCUUUCACUGCAGCUCUGAAACCUUCCAUCAAGUCUUGCUCCAGGGACCAGAAUAACCUGAACUGUGUGAAUCGCAAUUUUACCGAGAUCCCCCAAGUGCCAACAGACGUCAUCAAGCUCAACUUAAUCCACAACAGAAUCAGGCUUAUUGAAGAGACAUCAUUUUCUCAGUCACUAGCUCAGCUACAGAUUCUCUUAAUUGGAUUACAGACAGAGCCGCCAAUGCGUGUUGGAGCAAGAGCGUUUACCAAUCUUCCCAAUCUGAUUUACCUCGAUCUGGGAGGAAAUAAAGAAUUAGACCUGGACAUGGAGGCAUUUGCUGGGCUACACAAACUGGAAAUCCUUUAUCUUGACUACAACGGUCUGACUGACUCAAUCCUGCAACGCGGAUAUUUUAAAUAUUUAACCUCACUGCACACCCUCAUUCUUGAUGGAAACAAUAUAAAACAAAUCAUACCAGAUUCAACAUUUUCUAACCUGAACGCUUUGAGCAAUGUUCAUUUUAAGGCAAAUGACAUUCAUCAGAUUUGUCAGGGUGAUCUGGACAAUGUCCGACCGAGGUAUUUUAAAACAUUCAGCAUCUCCUCAAACAGGCUCUUGUACAAAAGUGAAAGCUUUGAUUGGAAUCAGUGCGGCAAUCCUUUCAAGGACAUAUUGCUGUACACGUUGGACAUUUCAGGAAUUGCCCUUAAUGUCCAGCAGCUAGAGAAGAUGUUUAUAGCUAUGAAAGGAACACUUAUUAUCCACCUGAAGAUGCAAUACCUGUCCACCGUUGGUAGUUCAUUUGGUUUUCAUAACAUAGAAGACCCAAACAAGCAGACACUGGUUGGUCUCAGUGACAGUUCGCUCCUGAAUCUGGAUAUGUCCCACGGGUCCAUCUUUACACUUGCAACCCAAGUAUUUUCACACUUACCUUCCUUGCAGGUGCUUACAUUAUCUUUCAACAAGAUCAAUCAGAUUGAAAAGAACGCAUUCUUUGGCCUUGACUCCCUUCUCCAGUUAAACCUUUCCUUCAAUCUACUGGGGGAGAUCUACUCAUCGACCUUCGAAGGUCUGAGGAAUGUCACCUUAAUUGAUUUGCAACACAACCACAUUGGAAUCAUUCAGCACGAUUCGUUCCAUGGACUGGAUCAGCUGACCACAUUGAAUCUUCGGGACAAUGCACUCUCGGUUAUUUCUGGCUUUCACUAUCUCCCAAAAAUGACUUAUUUCUUAGUGGGUCUGAACCGACUCACAACAGUUUAUGGCCUGGAGGCAGUUUCCAUGAGCAUCUUUCUUGAUUUCUCGAACAAUGCUUUUACCAACCUCAAUGUUUUCUAUACGAUCAUGACCCUUCCUUUUGUGAAGCAUCUUUUGUUGAGGGAAAACCGUAUCUCGAUGUGCACGCCUGGCCGGACUGAUAUCAUUCCAAAAAACAACCAGUUAAUCCACCUGGACCUGUCAAGUAACUUCCUUGAGUUGGUCUGGAUAUCGAAGCAGUGCUGGGAAGGGUUCCAUAACCUGACUAACCUAACUGUUCUUCUUCUCAACCAAAACUAUCUCACCCAGCUGCCCCAAGAUAUUUUUAAAGGUUUGGAUUCUCUGAAGAGACUCAACUUAUCAUCGAACUCUCUGUCCCAGCUCAGUCAGGACCUGUUUCCCGGCUCUCUUGAAAUUCUCGACCUAUCUAAAAACCGCCUUGUCUCACCCAGUCCAGAUGUGUUCAGUUUUGUGAGUCACUUGGACUUGAGGGAUAACCAAUUCAUCUGCGAGUGUAGUCUCAGGGUCUUUAUCGAAUGGCUAAAUAGCACUGAGGUGGACUUGGCAAAACCAUUAACAGAUAUGUACUGUGUGUCUCCAGAAAAUUUACAAGGGGUACCUCUUAUUUUUCUAAACACUGAUGGGCAUUUUGAACAGUUAGCCAGAGCAGCAAAGAGCACAAACAGACUGCGCCUGCAGAAUCACUCUCUGAAAGGUACCUUUUCAUACAAAAUCCGUGAAGCAGAAGACCAAAGAAAAGAACACAGGAAGAUACAGAGGAAGGACAUUGGUUCGGCCUCACCCAGUCCAGAUGUGUUCAGUUUUGUGAGUCACUUGGACUUGAGGGAUAACCAAUUCAUCUGCGAGUGUAGUCUCAGGGUCUUUAUCGAAUGGCUAAAUAACACUGAGGUGGUCUUGGCAAAACCAUUAACAGAUAUGUACUGUGUGUCUCCAGAAAAUUUACAAGGGGUACCUCUUAUUUUUCUAAACACUGAUGAGUGUGACGAAGAUGCUAAGGUAGAGGCAAUACAAUUUGCUCUCUUUGUCGUCUUCACGACCAUGUUACUGAUUAUCAUCUCUUGUGUUCUUCUCUACAAUCACGGCAGAGGUUUGUUCUUCAUCUGGUACAAGAGAACAACAAACAAGAUCAUUAAUGGUCAGAGGGCAGAUGGGGAAGAGAAGGACUACAGGUUUGAUGCAUACCUCUGUUUCAGCAGGAAUGACAUUGAGUGGGUGAAGAAUUCCCUCCUGCAGUUCUUGGACUCUCAGUUCAAUGAGAAGAGCAGGCUUCAAAUGUGCUUUGAAGACCGUGACUUCAUUCCUGGGGAGGAUCAUAUUACAAACAUACGUGACGCCAUCUGGAGCAGUAAGAAAACAGUCUGCAUUGUGACCAGGCAGUUCCUGAAGGACGGCUGAUGUGUGGAAGCCUUCAAUAUCGCACAGAGUCGCCUUAAGGUCUCCACACUACAGGAGAGAUG